GGGACCAAACAGUUUGUUCACAUAUGUCGCUUUACUGAAAAAAUAUGAAAAUUUCAGCGAAAUUGUUGCUCUUUAUUUUUACCGGUGGAUGUAUAGAUGCACUUCCGUUGUCUGGGAACGGUACUGAAUCGGCAAUUCAGAAACUGGAAAGAAAAGUAGACCAGUUGUAUACAGUGGUCAGCCAGUUAGAAAUGAAGAUAAUGACACAACCAGUGAGUUGUCCUGCCGGUUACACGGAGUUUCAAGGGUCUUGUUAUAUGUUUGUGAGAUACUUAAUGAGCUGGGACGAUGCGGAGAAGAACUGCCAACGUUUCCAUGGCAACCUGGUGACCAUCCAGAGCGCAGCUGAACAGGACUUUCUCACCGAUUACAUCACCAAAAAUGGCGAUCUGUAUCCACAUUGGGGGUUUUGGACUGGCGGAAUUGACAGAGGCGCAAACGGCAUGUUUAGAUGGACAAAAAACAAUAAACUAAUCCAAAAUGAAGGAGAUUUCCUGGGAUGGGACUACUUUGAUAGUGGUACCACGCAAUCUAACCAGGACUGUAUGGUGCUGUGGCGUAACAGGGGUUAUCUCUGGCACGACUUAGGCUGUCAGGACAAGAUGCACUCUGUCUGUGAAAUAGAGAAAUGAUUAAAACCGAAGGAAGAUUAAACAAUUCGCUUGAUUUGGUUAAUUUUUUACUACCGAAAGAAGGUGCACCCCAAUAUAAACAUAGUAACGGUAAAAACGAAAGUCGAUGAACAGUAGAAAAAAAGUAGGAAAAAUCCACUUGAUUUCUUUUUAAUAUCCCGAGAAAGUGUGAAAUAUGCAACGGCAACCAAAAUUGAUGGACUGUAAAAACAAAAGUAAAAAAAAAAAAUCCCCUUGAUUUCACAUGAAUGUUGAAAGACAAAUAAAAUGAUUUUUAUUGAUUUGUUUUAAGAAUUCUGCGGCAAAUACUAUGUUCGCCUAAGUCUGAGACCUAAAAUGUCAUAGGCUUGUUUGUUAGUUAACAGGUAAGUUGAAAUUGAUCAAAAUUAUAUUUCAGCCGUUGCA